AUGCUUUCUGUACAAUAUAAUAAGGAUCAUGUCUCUUUCCAGGGCAAAGGCUCUCUGAGUCCCGUGGUGCCACCCAAGGACCACAAGAAGGAGAAAGAUGCUGGAAAGUCAGCCAAGAAAGACAAAGACCCCAUGAGCAAUUCGGGGGGCAAGGCCAAAAAGAAGUGGUCCAAAGGCAAAGUUGGGGACAAGCUCAGUAACUUGGUCUUGUUUGUCAAAGCCACAUAUGACAAGCUCUGUAAGGACAUUCCCAACUACAAGCUUAUAACCCAAGCUCAUAACUCCGAGAGGCUGAAGAUUCGCGGCUCCUUGGCCAGGUCAGCCCUUCAGGAGCUCCUUAGUAAAGGACUUAUUAAACUAGUCUCAAAGCACAGAGCUCAGGUGAUUUACACCACAAACACCAAGGGUGAGGAUGCCCCAGCUGCUGGAGAAGAUGCAUGAACAACAGAUCUCACCGGCUGUACAUUUUGAAAAAUAAACCUUUAUUAAAUCAAAAAGAAAAAAAGAA